AGCAAACAUUAGACGCUAUCGGCUGUUUUUGUUUGUGUGGCCGAGGUAGUUUGUCGUUGCUGUACCGUCGUUAAAACCGGAAUUUUUAACUGGCCUGACAAACGGGAGGUUAAUAUGGGUGCCGGUUCGAGCACCGAGGCCGAGAGGGAGCCGCUUCUUGUUCCUUCUUAUGUGGAGACGAACACUAAUCCGGUAAACGGCAGAGUGUAUGGGAGAAGAUGGCUGGUUCUGACCCUGUUUUCCCUGCUGGCACUGAUGCAGGGAAUGGUGUGGAAUUUCUGGGGUCCCAUACAGAACUCAGCCGCUCACGCUUACGGCUUUACCAAGUCUGACAUCGCGAUUUUGGUGCUGUGGGGCCCGGCUGGCUUCCUCCCUUGGUUGCUGUUUAUGUGGUUAAUGGAUAAAAAAGGUUUGCGAGCAUCCCUCCUCCUCUCUACCCUCUUCAUGGUGCUAGGAGCAGCUCUAAGAAGUAUCCCACUGACAGGCCAGCCUUUGAGACGAUGGUUGAUACAUGGAGGUCAGUUGCUUAAUGGUUUAGCCGGCCCCACCAUGAUGAGCGCCGGCCCCUAUCUGUCCACCACAUGGUUUGCCCCUGAUCAGAGAGCCACAGCAACAGCCGUGGCCUCACUCUUCUCCUACCUUGGAGGCGCCGCUUCAUUCAUAGUGGGACCUCUGAUAGUUCCAGCUCCCAAUGACACUCAGGCACUAACCACGAUCUCGGCAGCGGUUUCCGACAUCUUCAUCCGGGACAGGAUCCAGCUAGUAAUGUAUGCAGAGUUGGCUGCUAUUGCUGUGCUUUUUGGAGCAGUCCUGCUCUAUUUCCCUGCACGCCCACCAAUGCCUCCCAGCGUGGCCGCUGCAAGCCAGAGACUCAGUUACAGGAGCAGCAUCUGCAGACUUCUUAGCAAUCUGCGGUUCCUGAUGAUAGCACUGGCCUAUGCAGUCCCCACAGGAGUGAUUGCUGGCUGGUCGGGCGUCCUCGACAUGGUUCUUACACCAGCCAAAGUCAGCCAGGUGGAUGCAGGCUGGAUUGGUUUCUGGUCGACCGUUGGUGGAUGUGUGUUCGGAGUGGCAAUGGCCCGAUUUGCAGACUCUAUCCGCGGGAUGCUGAAGCUGAUCCUGGUGCUGAUGCUGGCAGGAGCCUCACUGGCCUCUACGUGGUUCACACUCACCUGUCUGAGCAGCUAUACCCACCUCCCUUCCACUUCAGCAAUCCUGUACACUUCCUGCAUCCUGGUCGGCAUUUUUAUUAACAGCAGUGUUCCGAUAUUCUUCGAGCUGUUCAUUGAGACGGUGUACCCGGUCCCUGAAGGCAUCACCUGUGGAGUCGUCACUUUCCUGGGUAACCUCGUCACGGGCCUGCUCCUCUUCUUCCUCACCUUUUACUGUAAAGAUGUGUCGUGGCUGAACUGGUGUCUAACUGGCUCCUGUCUCUUCAGCCUCGUCCUCAUCCUCUUCUUCAGGGAGUCCUACGAUCGCCUCUACCUGGACGUCUUUGUCUCUGUGUGACACUAUGAGGAUGCAAAUGUGCAACCGAAUAAUAAAGGACUAAAUGAUAACUCUUGCACAACGAAGAUGAGAAAAGGGAGAUGAAGGGCAAGUGAACCACCUGCGCUCUUUUAACAUGUAAUGUUUUAGGAAUAAGCGUGAUCUCAAUGUUUACUCUUUAUAGGUGAUCGACUCAACGCCAUAUGACUGUUUAACUCGUUAUUACCUCCUUUUGUCUCAGUGUUUGUAUGUAAACGAGCUUUUGUGACGGCUUGAGUUUUCUUUACCGGGUACAGCAUGACGGACGGUUGUUUAUUAACUGAUGAUGUAACAUUUAAAGCUGUAAUCAGUGUGCCCCCCCCCCCUCUUCCCGCCUUCCUGCCAUGCGGCUGUUUGCAUCCCUCCUCCUGAUCUGAUCAUCAUCCCUGCAGAAACUGGACACGCUCAAAAUUACUGCACAUCACGUUUACUACAGAUCUGCAUCAGAGGUGUGCCCCUAACGAGGGUGGAAAGGAAACGUUUCCUCAGCCAAUCAGCAGGCCUGGCUGUACUGGAUCUCCUGGUGUUGUUGGCUGUUGCAGAUGUGCUCGUGGUGAGUUUGCCUGUAAUAUUGCCUGUCAGUGAGAGGCAGGGACUCGCUCCCUGUUUUAUCAGCCUCUCGAGACGAAUCUCAUGGAAAAAAAAUCUCCCAGAUUUCGAGACAUGGGCCGGGAUCAGACACACCUGGAGUGUUCUACCAAUCUGCUGCACAUGUGGAAGAAAUAAAAUGCUCUCUGUGUUCUGCCUGUUUAUAGAUAACUGUAUCAAUUUCUGGGAGGUUUGCUUUUUAAUUUGACGUUUGUUUGGGGGGUUUUUUUUGUUUUGUUUUUGUUUGUUUUUUUUGAUCGUUUUUAUUCAUUUGUUUCCUCAGAAAUCUGCCAGUAUUUACUGGAAACAUCUCAACACUAACAAAGCUAAAGAGUUAAAAAAGAAAAAUCAUAACAGGAUGAAAAUUUCAACCCCUGCUAAGAUCCACAAAGAUGAGACAGGUUGUUUUAUUAUACAGACUGGAUUACGCAACAUUUGAAUUGCCAAGCUGCUGGUCUCCAAAGCACCAGCGGGUGUUUUGCACCAAACAUCUGUCACUUACGUUUCUAACUUGUUCAUGUUUGUGUCUUUGCCUUGCACAUCACUUAUGACAGAAGUGUUUGUGUUUUCCUUUAGGUCCUCUAAACGGUUUCCUGGUGCUUUUUUGUCUUUUUCUUUCUUUCACACUUUUUUUUUUUUUUUUUUUGUGUGGGGGGGGGGGGAAGGGACGUGUUGCCUUAAUUGCCCAGUGCAGUGCGUUCAGCCUCCCUCUCCUCUACACUGUGACUAUUUUAUGUGUAAAUUUUGUAAAAGGUCAUGUUGUUCUGUUUUGUGGCACACGCUCUGGUCACACUGUGGUGUCCCGGGUUUUGGUGAUAAAUGUUCUGUGGAAAAGAACAAACAUGACUGUCAGAUAUUUCCAGCACCUUAUUAAAGAGCAUUUUACAAAUAAUACUGCUGCUGUUCUCCUAUUGUUAUGCUAAUAAAGGUUAUUGAAAACAUACCUCUGGAUAACUUGUAGCCACCUGACAUCAAUUUGUGCUUCCCAGAGUUAAUCUUUGAUUUUAGUUUCUUUGGCCACUGACCUGUUCAUUUGUUGCUUUUUUUUUUUUUUUCUUUCACAUCAGUCGUUCUCUGACCUUUCCCCAGAGGACACUUGCCUUUGUUCAGAAGCAGAUGUUUCCUGUGCUGUGCGCUCACACAGCUUUUUCAAACACUGUGUCCCUCUCACUUUAACGCACCCUGUUUAGGCUUUACAUACAUUGCACUGUGAUCCUUAGUCAAAAUGGAGUCUUCAACAUUUUGGAUCAUCACUUGUGCUCCAUGCACAUGCUAGUAUGUAUACAAAACACGAACCAUCGCUCAUUGAAGUCUGUUUUGAAAUCUCGAUAUAUAUAUAUAUAUUUUUUUAGCAUGUUCUUGGGUUGUUUACAACCGUUCUAUCAGUUCACAAGAACUGAUAGUAGUAGUUAUCAACCCACUUUAGCAAGUAUAUUUGGCAAGGUGCAAUUAUAAAUUGUAUAAGCUGAGUCACAAAGAUGCAGACCAGCUAGUUAUUGUAAGAAACAUGCAGGUAAAAUGCAAAACUAAAGCUCACACUAGGAAGUUGUUUAUAGAAAGUAAGUCAUGUUAUUUAAUAUAACUGCAUUAAACAUCUCUUCUCUGAAUGCAGAACUUAUUAUAGCUUGAAGCAGAUUUCAGUUCAAUUCGAUUUAAUUUUAUUUAUACACCACUAAUUCACAACAGCAGUCACCUCAAUCGCUUCGGUUGCUUAAAAUUUAAAAAUAAAGGCCUUACAGUAACAAAAAUCUCCAACAAUCUAACAGUUCCCUAUGACCAAGCAUUUGGCAGCAGCAGGAAGGAAAAUCUCCCCUUUAACAGUGCAUAUUACUGCAACAUUUGGAUGGUAAACAACAUGAAAGCAUGGAUCCUGCUCUGCAUCAACAGCCAGUAGUGCUGGUGGUGUGAGGGUAUUGGGCAUCUUUUCUUGCAACACUUUGGGCCUCUUAGCACUAACCGAGCAUCAUAAAGAGCCGCAGCCUGCCUGAAUAUUGUUGCUGCCCAUGCUCAUUACUUGUGAGUACAGUGUUCCCAUCUUCUGGUGGCUGCUUCUGAUAGGAUAGCGCACAACAUCAAUUAAUGCUUUUUAUAGCAUCAAUCACAAAUACUUGGCUUACACAGCUUGUCACACUGGAAAACA